AUGUUUAGAUCAAAGGCACAUUUCUUAAUGCUGGCUAAUUUAAAAUAUUUAGAAUUGCAAAAGUUAUUAUUAAAUAGAUUUCAAAUAUUUAAGAAUGAAGAAAUAAGAAUAUUAAAAAAAGAAAAUAUGAAAAUUAUUUUAUAUGAAUGGGCUAAGUUUUUAACAGAAGAAAAUAAAGAUACUAAUAUAAUAAAUAUCCCAACAAAAGUAUUGAAAAAUAAAAAAGUUAUUGAAAUAUUAAAAGAUGAUACUGAUUGCAAAUGGCUAGUAAAUAAAAUAAAUAUUAAAAAUAAUAAUGAUGAUAACAUGAAUAAAGUUGAAAAUGAUGAAUUAAAAAAAAUCGACAAUCUCCAUUUUGAUGAAUAUCCUCAAUUAUUUUAUUAUGAAUACCCACAAUUCCCUUAUAAUUAUUAUGAUAAAAAAAAGAUGACUAACUUAUACUCUCUUAUAAAGUUUCCUUAUAAUGAUAUUUUAAAUAUUUCUAAAAGAAUUAAGAACGAUGAUACGAAAAAGGAAAAUGAAAUAAAAGAAAAGGAAGAAAAAAGAAUAAGUGAAUCUAUUACUAAAAAGUUAAAUGAAAAUGAAAAUUUGAUUAAUUAUUCUAACAAUAAUUAUAUUUAUGCACCAUCAGAAAUGGAAACUUCGAAAGAAAAUUAUCAUUAA